AUGCCGAAGAGAACAACGCACACGUAUUCAAGCGAGGACGCAGCUCCCGACAGACCAGACUCCGAUCUCUUCGUCUACUAUUGCAAGCAUUGUGGCUCUCACGUCCUCAUCACUGAUACGCAAUUGCAGAAAAUGCCGAAGAGGAAGACCGAUAAAGCUUAUGUGCUGGACAAGAAGAAGCAUCUUGCAAGGCUCAAUAUGAAUGAGGCUGGAAAAGUUCUUUUGAAAAGGGGAGAAGGGAAAUUAGAGAAGCAAUUUCGCAUGAACUGCAUAGGCUGUGGACUAUUUGUUUGCUAUCGAGCAGAAGAAGAUCUGGAAUUUGCUUCUUUUAUAUAUGUUGUUGAUGGUGCACUUAGCACAGUUGCUGCAGAAACAAAUCCUCAGGAUGCUCCUGUGCCCCCUUGCAUAUCACAAUUAGAAGGAGGACUUGUGCAGGUGGCCAUAGAGGUUGAAGACCGUGCGCAAAGAUCAGCAAUAACAAGAGUGAAUGCCGAUGAUGUUCGAGUUACUGUAGCUGCACCUGCUGCUCGUGGAGAAGCUAACAAGGAACUUUUGGAAUUCAUGGGCAAGGUGCUGGGUCUGAGACUGAGCCAGAUGACUCUUCAAAGAGGAUGGAAUAACAAAUCAAAGCUGCUUGUUGUGGAGGAUCUGUCUGCCAGACAGGUGUACGAGAAACUACUGGAAGCAGUACAACCUUGA